GCGAACACGCCUGAUUGGUUAUUGUCAAGUUCUCAUAGCCACAAGCCCCAAAAAAAGAGAGACAUGGCCCUUGAAUUUUCGAUAGAGUUGUAGACCAACCAAUGAAAUGAAUUAUCCAAAUCUCUUACUUUGUCACUGUAAAUACUUUUUCCAAUCCACGAAACCAUGGCAAUAAGCCUCUCAAUUAAUUCCAGUCCUCCGAUCUCUUCUUUCUAUGGCAUCAAACUUUUGCGAACCAAUUCACAAACCCUUUUCGGAUCUAAUCCUAAACCCAAAACCCACUUCUCUAAACCUCUUUCUGCCAAUACUAAUGCAAUACAUGGAACACGAUUAAAGUUUCUUCAACCAAAAGAAAAACAAGUGAACUUGAAUAAGAGGGAAUCAAGGAAUUUUCGAUGUAAUAUUUCUGGGUUUGAUUUGGGUGGAUUUGAAGGUCCUCAAUCUGUUCUUGAAGCAGCUGGUGUGCUUACAGCAAUCAUUGUUGUUCAUGAAAGUGGUCAUUUUUUAGCUGCUUAUCUUCAGGGAAUUCAUGUAAGUAAAUUUGCAGUUGGAUUUGGUCCAAUUUUAGCUAAAUUUAAUGCAAAUAAUGUAGAAUAUUCACUUAGAGCAUUUCCUCUUGGGGGUUUUGUGGGUUUUCCUGAUAAUGAUCCAGACAGUGAAAUUCCAGUAGAUGAUGUUAAUUUACUGAAAAAUAGACCAAUUUUUGAUAGAGUUUUGGUGGUUUCAGCUGGUGUAAUUGCCAAUAUAAUAUUUGCUUUUAUCAUAAUCUUUGUCCAAAUUGUGUCUGUUGGUUUGCCUGUGCAAGAAGCCUUUCCUGGGGUCCUUGUUCCUGAUGUUCGACCUUUAUCAGCAGCAUCUCGGGAUGGAUUACUUGCUGGAGAUGUAAUUCUUUCUGUUAAUGGCCUCGAGUUGUCGAAAACGGGGCCUAAAACUGUUUCAGAAGUUGUUGAGGUGAUUAAGAGAAGUCCCAGUAGAAAUGUGUUGCUCAAAAUUUUAAGGGGAGGUCAGGGUUUAGACCUUAAGGUAACUCCAGAUGAGAGUUUUGAUGGAACUGGUAAAAUUGGUGUUCAGCUGUCUCCUAAUAUCAGUAUCAGAAAGGUUAAGCCAGAUAAUAUUGUUGAGGCUUUGAAUUUCACUAGAAAGGAAUUUUGGGGUCUGUCCUAUAAUGUGAUUGAUAGUUUGAAACAGACAUUUCUCAACUUUUCGCAAUCAGCUGAAAAGGUAUCAGGCCCGGUUGCCAUAAUCGCAGUGGGAGCAGAAGUAGCAAGGUCGAACAUUGAUGGACUAUACCAGUUCGCGGCAAUUCUCAAUAUUAAUUUAGCAGUGAUAAAUCUUUUACCGUUGCCAGCAUUGGAUGGGGGUACACUGGCUUUGAUACUUAUAGAGGCAGCCAGAGGAGGGAAGAAGCUCCCUAUGGAAGUGGAGCAGAAAAUAAUGACUUCGGGUAUUACAUUAGUCUUGUUUCUUGGGGUAUAUCUUAUUAUCCGCGACACUCUAAAUCUUGAUAUCAUCAAAGAUAUGUUGUGAUUGUGAUUUAGAUCAAGUUCAGUUCAUUGAGGAACCCUAUCCUAAAAGAUCAAUUCACUUUGAUUACUAGAGUGACUAUGUGGUUAUGAUCAUGAAGACUGGAGGAAUUUGCUUAUUUCGAGUGAAGACCAUAUAGAAUGAUGAUUUCGUUUCCUUGAGCUGGUUCCUGAUGGAUGCAUUGGCUAAGGCCAAGAUACUUAUAGAUGGUCCUUAUUACUUGUAUUGCUUCUCCUGCUUCAUCGCUACCAUAGAUCUUAUAAACUUUAAAUUUUGUCGAUGUUGGAGAGGAGUCUGUGAUCAGUAAUUACAUUAAAGAGAUGGCCAUGAGAUUGUUCAUUGUUAUCUUUAGAUUGAUUAUGAAUACACAGUAAAUUAUGCAGA